UCCUUGCCGCAGCCUCUCGCCGCCGGCAGCGGGGCGCGGAGGCCAUGUUCCCCCUGGACUCCCCCUGGAACAUCUCCUUCGCCGGCUGCGGUUUCUUGGGGGUCUACCACAUCGGGGUGGCCAGCUGCCUGCAGGAGCAUGCCCCCUUCCUCGUCGCCAACGCCAAGAAGGUGUACGGCGCCUCCGCCGGGGCGCUCACCGCCACCGCCCUCGUUAGCGGCGCCUGCCUCGGUGAGGCUGGUGCCAGCAUUAUCCGAGCCUCCAAGGAGGCCAGGAAGAGGUUCCUGGGCCCACUCCACCCCUCCUUCAACUUGGUGAAGACCAUCAGGAGCUGCCUGUCCAAGGCUGUGCCGGAGAACGGGCAUGAAGUCGCAGCAGGGCGUCUGGGGAUCUCCCUCACCCGGGUCUCGGAUGGAGAAAAUGUCAUCCUGUCCGACUUCAACUCCAAGGAGGAGCUGAUCCAGGCCUGUGUCUGCAGUACCUUCAUCCCUGUCUACUGUGGGCUGAUUCCUCCAACCUUUCGUGGAGUGAGGUACGUCGACGGCGGCAUCUCUGACAACCUGCCCCAGUAUGAGCUGAAGAACACCAUCACAGUGUCCCCCUUCUCAGGGGAGAGCGACAUCUGCCCCCGGGACAGCUCCACCAACAUGCACGAGCUGAGGGUCACCAACACCAGCAUCCAGUUCAACCUGCGCAACCUCUACCGCCUCUCCAAGGCCCUCUUUCCCCCGGAGCCACAGGUGCUGCGGGACAUGUGCAAGCAGGGCUACCGGGAUGCACUGCACUUCCUCAAGAGGAAUGGACUCCUUCAUCGUCCCAGCCCUGCCCGUCCUCUCCUUGCCAUAGAAGCCCCUCCAGGAGAGAAGAAAGAGGAAGAAGCAGAAGCUGAGGACCAGCCUGAAGACAAUACUGCUCUUGCUGUUGUUGAGGAGCACAUAUUUGAACACUUGCCUCCCAGACUCAACCAAGCUCUUCUGGAGGCUUGUGCUGAAAGGAGAAGCUUCUUGACUGGCAUCACCAACAUGCUGCCUAUCCGUGUGGCCACAGCAAUGAUGGUGCCCUACAUGCUGCCUCUGGAGUCUGCAGUUUCCUUCACUCUCAGGUUGCUGGAAUGGCUCCCAGACAUCCCUGAGGAUAUUAGAUGGAUGAGGGAGCAGGUGACUGACAUCUGCAGCUACCUUAUGAAGAAAGCCAAGAAGAAACUGGGCAGCCACCUCUCAGCCAGGCUCUACUACCACCUGGAGCUUGGCAGGCCCCAGAGCCUGCCCAUUGCUUCUGGCCCUGCUUGUGGGGAGGCCCUGCCCCUGUGGAUGAGAAGCAACCGCUCCCUCUCUGAUGUCAUGAUGAAGUGGGAGGAGUACCAGCGCCAGCUCAUGCUGGGCUUGCUCUGCAUCAACGUGGACAUGCAGGCCUCCCUCUUCCCUCAGGAGGGCUUCCAGAUAAAGCUGCCACCUCUGGACUGUGCAAAAGAGUGCCUGCCACUCUUCUGAGCCUGCUCCUGCUGGGGGAGGAG